AUGGCGGGUCGGGCUAAGACGGUGGCUCUUGAGGCACAGCUUCUCGAUCUGGGUGUCGCCUUUGGAGAGGUGCAGGCCGAGCUCAAGAAAACGCGGGCGUCUGAAACGGCCCUGCAUGCCAUCAAUGCAGAACUGCUCACCCAACUACGCGAACUUGGUGACGUGCUUGUCUCGAUCAACGGCGUCGUCGUACUUAAUAACAGCCCGCCGCAGAUCUUCGAGCUGCUACGUCAGCUCUCUGGCAAUCUGCUAGUGGUGCUCGCACGGCCGCAGCCAGCCCCCAGCAAAACCAAGAAUGAUGGACCUGAAGGUGCCAGUCUGGCCUUGGCCAAACCGCCCACCACACCAGACAAAGGCAACGAUGCGCCCACAACGGGACAAACAGACGCGGCUGCCAGCUGGCUGGGAUCGCAGACCGUUCUUCGGCGCCGUGCCGCCUCGCUUGAGGAAGAAGCCCGGCAAUUGCGCAACCGUGUUCGAAAUUUGGAGCAAGAUCUCACUGCCGCCGAGGAGAGUCGAGCCGCCUCCUUGCGUCAGAUCCAGGAGCUUCAAAAGAGCAACGGCCAGCUUCAACAAGGCACCUUGGACCUGCGGCUGCAACUGGAGCAGGCUCGAUCGGCUUCCGCAUCCAAGACCACAGCGCCAACAAUUCGCCCCGUUAGCGCUGCCACCCAGACCGACCCGCAGAGUACAACUGCCACUGACACCGUGCCAACCGAUGCCACGACCCUGCCGGCGGCAAUGCCGGCGAUUCCACAAACACAAGAGCCUGUGCAGGCAGAGGUACAGCGACGGCACGAAGCCGAACUUCAGGCACACGAGCUGCGCUGGCAGGAGCAGUGGAACCGAGCGCAGAAGGAACACGCUCUGCUUAUUGAUGCCAUGGAAAAGGAGUUGCAGCAGCUGCGCCUUCAGCUAUACAGCGCUGAUGAGGCUCCGCGGCCCCUCGCGCCCUCCCGCACCAGCCAAGCCUCGUUGACUUCGCUUCACCUCAGCGGUUCGGGGGAAGGCGAAGGAACUGCCCCAGCACCUGUGCACCGGUUGCAGCAAGAAAACGAGCAGCUUCGACGUACCACCACAGACCUUCAACAACAGCUUGUGCGUCUACAGGCGGAAGCCAACCGCGGCGCUGGCCAGCGGGCCGUGGCCAAAGGUGCGCUUGCUGGUUUGGCACACACCGUUACAGGAAGUAGCCUGUUGGAUGCUGGCACGGCAGACCGGCUCGCCUUGGAGGACAGCGUUCUGCGCCUGACUCGACACGUGCAACGAUAUGGCUUGCGCGACUGCCCCGAGGUUGUGCGGCUGCAGGCGCGCUGCUCGGCGCUGCAAGCCGAGCUGGACCAGAGGUCACCAUCGGUUCCGGUCAACGAUGCUCGACUACACGGCGAAGUGGCGCGUCCCUUGCUCGUCCGGCUGGAGCAGCACCUACACCAACUGGGCCGUCUCGCCCAGGUCCCUGGCUUUGAGGAAGAAGCACCCACGUUCAGCGAGACUGAGCCCACGCCCACCGAUCUGGAGCUGGCCACGCGGCUCGGGGCUUUGGUAAGCCAGGCCGGUCGAAUCAAAUUGACCUUGCAGACCCAGCAACUAUCAGCAUCAGCUCCUGUGCCUGUGCCUGCCACCACCCCCUCUCAACCUCUCACUCAUGCCGAGGAACCCCUCGCAUCGGGGGCCCACCGCGGUCCUCGAACAUCCUCGCCCAAGGCGUCGCGGCACGAAGCCACACUGGCAGAGUUGACCGCCAAUCUGCACGAGCUGCAGCGACAGCGGGAUGCCGACUCUGUGCGUCAUCGGCAAGAAUUGGCAGACUUGCGCGAGCAGGCUGAAGGCCGCAUGGAGCAGCAGCAUGUGGCUUUACUACGUCAACUCGAUACAGCAACUGCAGAGCACAGUCGUUUACAAGAUGAGCUACUGCAGGCACAUGAGGAACUUGCUCGAGCUGAGCGUGAGGGUACCAGCUUGGCUCAGCGGCUUGAGGGCAUGCAAGCCCUCAUGAACUCGCAGCUCAAGGCGGCUGAGGACAUGGAGCGUGCUUUUGGGCAAGAGCUGCAGCGCUUGCGGGCAGGCGCCGCUGCGCCGUGCAGCUCGUGCACACAGGCUCGACGCGAUUUGGCAACCAGCGCAGACGAACUCGAGGACUAUCGAGAUCGCCUCGAGGUGGCCGAGCAAGAAGUAGCGGCCUUAUCUCUGCGCUUGCAGCUGGCACAAACGAGUGCCGAACCCGCGGUCACUGAUGAAUCGACCAACCAUGCUGAGGUGGAAUUAGCUGCCUUACGACAGGAGCGAGAAGAAGAGCGGGGGCAAUGGGAGAUGGAGCGAGCGGAGUUGCAAGCUACUGCAGCCGCAGAUACCCAACGCCUGCGAAAUCAAGCAGCUCAGUUGAGCGACACGGAGGCGCGACUGGAAGCGGCACUGCGCGCCAUGUCGGCGGCUGCCGAAGACUACGAGCAGCUGGAGCAGCGAUACCAUGAAGCCACGGUGCAAGGGCAGACAGCACGGGCCCAGUUGCAAGCACGCGAAGAGGAAGGGCAGCGGGAGCGCAUGGCGCAUCGUCGGCGUGUUGCUGAGCUGGAGGAUGAGGCGGAGGCCUGGGCCGUACGAGGGCGAGAACUGGAGGGCCAGCUUGCGCAGCUCGAGGCUGCCGCGCAGCGUGAGCACGAGCGUGCACGAGACUUGGACCAGCGCGCUCACGCUCUUGAAGCGGAGUGUCAACGUCUGCGUGACAGGCUUCGCGAUCGCGAGCGCGAGACAUCAUGGCAAGACCACGCACGACAUCGCGACACUGCCCAGGCCUUGCGCCAGCAGUCCGACGAGGCGGCACGGUGGCAGCAACGUUGCGUUCAGCUGGAGGCGGAAGUCCGUCGCCUGGAGACACAGCAACAGGCACUGCACCAGCAAAGCGUGCAGAGCCAGCAUGAGCGGCAAUCCCAGGAGGCGCAGAUGCAGGAGCAAAUGGCGGCGCUUCGCAAAGAGGUGCAGGAGUGGCGACUCCGUCAUGACGAUACGGUGCUAGAGCACGAGCGUCAGCUCCGCCAUCGUGGACGGCGCAUCGCCACACUCAAGGCCAGUCUGGCCCAGCUCAAGCAAGUGCUAGGACAGUUAGGCCACUCACAACUUCGGUUGAGCCAGCGCGCAACCGAUCGGGCCGACCUAUCCUUUGCCUCGAGUCUGGACAGCCUGAUUUAA